CCCACCAUUCGCUCCCCUCCCCUCUUUUCUCCGGCGACCACCACUCCUCCCACAAAACCCAAAGCCCAGGCCCUGCACAGCCCGAACCCGAGCCCGAUAAGGCCAUGGCCGCCGCCGAGCCGCCGCCGCCCUCCGGGACGGGCUUCUUCGGCAUGCUCAGCUUCCGCCGCAGCGCCACCGCCGUCGCCUCCUUCGACCCCGCGCAGGACGACGAGCUCCUCGCGCUCGACGCCCUCCAGGCCCACGUCGCCGACCGCCUCCAGGCGCUCUCCGCCCACGCCUCCUCCCCCGCUUCCCCGGCCCUCUCCCUCCCGUUCCUCUCCAAGCUCCUCGACGCCGUCCUCUCCUCCGACGCCGCCUUCCGCGCCGUGCUCGCCGUCGGCCCCGUCGCCGCGGCGCUCGCCAGGCCGCCCGCCGACCGCCUCGCCGCAGACCUCCUCGACCGCGCCGUCAAGACACUCGACGUCCUCAACGCCGCGUCCUUCACGCUCGCCUCGCUCCGGGCCGCGCACCGCGCCGCGCUCACCGCCGCGACCUGCCUCCUCGCCCCGGCGCUGCACCGCGCGCACCUCGCACGCGCGCGCAGGGCCAUCGCCAGGCUCUUCUCGGACGACGCCAAGGCCGGCGGCGGCGGCUCCGCGCCCUCGCCAUCCUCCCGCACCAUGCGGGCGCUCUCCUUCAGCGUCUCCAAGAACUGGUCCGCGGGGCGCCACAUGAACGCCAUGGCGGCGCACCUCGCGCCGCCGCCGCAGGCGCCCGCGCCCGCGGCCGGCGCGGGCUGCGGCCUCGGGCUCGCGCUCUACACCAUGAGCUCCGUCCUCGUCUUCGCCAUGUGGGCGCUCGUCGCCGCGGUGCCGUGCCAGGACCGAUCGUCCGCGGCCAUCAGUCCCCCCGUCACGCCGCCCAAGCAGGCGCAGUGGGCGGCGCACAUGUCGGCGCUCCAGGAGCGGAUCGCCGAGGAGUGGAGGCGGAGGGAGAAGAAGGGGUCUUCCUCCGGUCCGGCGCCCACGGCAGGGCUCCUCGCGGAGAUGCAGGCCGUUGAGCGCGGCGCGCGCGACCUCAACAGCUUGCUCGAGGAGAUUGCCGAGGAGGAGGAAGAGGAGGAGCACGGGAUUGUCGGCGAGGAGCGCGCGCGGGAGGUGACCGAGCGCGCCGAGGAGCUGGCGGCGGCGUGCCGGGCGCUGGAGGACGGACUGGCGCCCCUGGAGCGGCAGGUGCGCGCGGUGUUCCACCGCGUCGUGGCAUGCCGCGCCGAGGUCGUCCGCUGCAUCGACCACAGCUCGCGCACCGCCACCGCCAAUGCGGCGGCGUCCGCGUCCGGCGUGCCGCCGCAGCAUCAGCACUCCUUCUGAGCCACCAAAUAGGAUUGCCGAUGAAUUGCUUGCUUUGGGGUCACAAAAAUUUAUUUCUUUCCCCAUUGCCAUGUACUGUACCAUUCUUUGAUUUGUAAUUGCUACCGCUGAAGUGCGUUUGUAUGUCCUGUCCUACCUGUAGAUUAUGAGCCUGGCUGUAAAAACUAACAUCUUGUUUGUUUGGAUUAGUGUGUUUGUAUUGGUGUGAGUGCUGAAGAGCAUAGGAGAAGAGAUUCUUGUUGUAUGAACUAGCAUCUGUGUGUUUUGAAUCGUUACUGGUUUCUCUGAU